CACAAAAAAAGACACGGCCUAAUUCGGGCCUUGGCCCUUGGGUGGGUUUGCAGGAAUUAGGGGGGGAAGAAAAGAAGUGAGUUUAGUCUCAAAAUUCUCCAUACUGAAAUGCUCGAAAUUCUUUCUUCCUCCUCCUACAAUGGCAACCCUCUCUCGCUUCCCACUUCACCUUCUUUCUCUCACCUCUCAUUACUCGCAAACUACUAACACUUCCUUUUCCUUCUUCUAUCAUCACUCUUGCUUUCACUCAAAUCUCCGUUACUGUAAUCGCCAAUAUUCUAUUCUAUGUCUUGCUUCUGCAAAGAAAUCAAGGCCAAGCAGGAAGCUUAUGAAUGAUGAUGAACUCUGUAAUGUUCUUCGGGAGUUUGUGACUUCAAUUGGAUUGCCAGACGGUCAUGUUCCUUCUACCAAGGAGCUUUCACAGCAUGGAAGGAAAGAUCUUGCAAACAUUGUUCGAAGGAGAGGACACAAACUUAUUAAAGAGCUUCUUGCUAACUCUGCUGAAACAUCUGAUCAGUUUGAUUCACUCAGAAACUUGAAUGACGAUCAAGAAGAAACAGGUCAGGAGGAGAAACUUAAUGAUAUGAAUGAAGGGCAGGCAGCUUUUCCUUUGGUGGACGACGAUUCUGCUUUUGAGACCAGCUUGGAGUUAGAACAUGAAUCAGAUUUGUUAUUUAAUGACGAAAGUUCGCUAUCAAAAGAACCUCCACUGUCCUUGCAGGAAAAGGUGGAAAACUUUAUGAAAUAUGGACAUUUAGAUACAGUUGAAGACGAUAUGUAUGGCGGUUUAAAGUUGAAUGAUGGAGGCAAAAUUUCAAAUCACGGGCUAGUUCAAGGUGAACCAGUGAUCCAUAAUGAAGGGGAUACUAGAUAUUUGGCCCUUGUUAGCAACAAUAAUGUUGGACAUAAUGGCACCCUUUUGUUAUCAAGGUUGAGUGAUCUUUCGGCCAUCGAAGACAAUGCAAGGGAUAUAUAUUCAUCUGCUCAAGGGCCUACCGAUUUUCAAAAUGAUACACAUAAUGAGGCUGGCAAAAUGGACAAUGCAGUCGAGAUCAAUCGUCUCAAACACAUGCUGCAUCAAAAGGAGUUGGAGUUAUCUCGGCUGAAAGAAGAGGUUGAGAGGGAAAAGCAAGCCCUGUCAAUUUUGCAAACAAAAGCAGAAAAUGAGAUAAGCAAAGCCCAGAAUCUUAUAUUAGAAAAGGAUGCAGAACUACUUGCUGCUGAAGAUAGCCUAUCUGGACUUGUGGAGGCGAAGAUUCAGUACUCAGGAGAAGGGCAAAUGGUAGAGGUAGCAGGUAGUUUCAAUGGGUGGCAUCAAAGAAUUAAAAUGGAUCGUCAGCCAUCAUCCGCCAUAGUGGACCCUGUUGGAUCAAGGAAUUCGCGGCUUUGGUCAACAACUUUGUGGCUUUAUCCUGGGGUGUAUGAGAUAAAAUUCAUUGUUGAUGGGCAUUGGAAAGUUGACCCCCAAAGAGAGUCAGCUAUCAAGGGUGGUUUAGAGAACAACAUACUCCGAGUCGAACGAUAAUAUACUUUUGUUUGGGUUUGGUGUGUUCAAAUAUUGAAACAGUUAGGUUCUGGCUUACCCCAUCUGUGUAGAAUCGUUGCUCAUAGUAAACUGCUGAACAAGUUGCUGUCGUAAACUCGUAUAUAUCUUUGCCAUUGUUGUUGUGGUUGUCUAGCACGAAGUUUAUUGAUAAUCAAAAAAGAUAUCGCUCCUACAUCAAAUGUGGCAUCCAUCUUAUGAAUCAGAUCAUUAAGAUUUUCAUGCGAUGAGUAAUAAGGCUUUUUAUGCUGUUGAAUAUACAGAUCCUGUAAGCUUAGUUAGCUCCUUUUUUUUCUUCACGUAUGUAGUUUUAUUCGAAUCAAACGUAAUUGUCGUACAGAAAUGUUUGUACAGGUUUAACUGUAAUCUUCUUUAGUGAGUUUUGGACUUUUAAUCUAUCGCUUAUUGAAACCUAAUCUACAAUAUUUUUUUUAA